ACCUGUAAACGUACGUUCGCGUUUUUAUUUCAUCCUGGUCGCGCGUCUCUGCCGCGCUUUUAUUUUGCGCCUGCCAGUCGUCGCUGGAACGAUCGACGCGAUGAACGAGUUGAUACAUUGGAUCCUGGUUACGUUUUGCGUCCUCGGCUUAACAAAUGCGUACUAUUUACAAAGCGAUGUCGUCGAACCACUCCUUAAUUACAAUGGGGCAAAAAGAUCGUACUGUCCAGCUACGUCUCACAAACAACCAGCCGAUAGGCAAGACACGUCGGUAAGAUUGAAACAAUUAAGAUCGGAAAUGAGUCGGGUGGCUUCAGUGCAAGGACCGCCUCUCAAUGGAUACAUCGUCACUUCCGAUGACGCGCAUCAGAGCGAUUUAUCGGAUCCCCGUGACAUGAGGAGAGAAUACAUCACGGGAUUCUACGGUACUGCUGGAGAAGCUGUCAUCACUAUGUCCAAAGCAGUGUUCUGGACCGAUGGAAGGUAUCAUAUUCAGGCAGAUCAUCAGCUUGAUUGCAAUUGGAUACUCAUGAAACACGGUAGAGGAGAAGUGCCUACUGUAACAGAAUGGUUGAAACACGAAUUCCAAAACCAAGCUCUCGUAAAUAUUGGCGCCGAUCCAACGCUGGUAUCUGCCAUAGACUGGGAAACGUGGGAGAAUGAAUUAGCGAAUUCGUCCGUAAGAUUGGUCCCUGUCCGUAACAACCUGGUGGACUUGAUCUGGCAGGUCGGUCGACCGAAUUACAAUCCACUUCCGGCGUAUCCGUUGCUGGACAAGUAUUCCGGAAGAGCAUGGCAAGACAAGAUCCAGUCGAUCCGGAUCGAGAUGGAGGUGGUUAAGGCUGAUGCUCUCGUGCUAACCGCCCUCGACGAAAUCGCUUGGCUGUUCAACAUUCGUGGUUACGAUUUACCAAACACGCCUGUCUUAAGAGCAUACGCGGUUGUUACUUACCAAUCCAUACAUCUGUACGCUCCUCGACAGAAGAUUCCACGAUCGGUGGACGAACACCUGAAGAUGGACCUGUGCUCGCACGCUGGCUGCGUGAAGUGGCAUAAUUAUACGUCUAUCUGGUACGAUCUGAGGACAAUGUCCCAGGCAUGGAAUAUAGUAUGGCUGCCAACGCGAUGCGGUUACAGUCCGGGUGCUUCCAUGGAAAUAUUCAACUCUAUCCCUCCGGAGAAACGACUGGCGAAACCAUCACCGGUGAUAAGUUUGCGUGCACAAAAGAACGAGAUCGAAGCAGAGGGGAUGAGAAGGUCCCAUCUAAGGGACGCAGUAGCGAUGUGCGAUUUCCUGGCGUACAUGGAGGAACAAUACGAGCUGAAUUCAGAGGGUUGGGACGAGAUGCAGGUAGCAAGGCUGGCGAACGAGUUCCGUUACGAACAGGAUAAGAAUAAAGGAAUCUCGUUCCCUACCAUCGCCGGAUACGCAUCCCAUGCUGCUAUCCCCCAUUAUGAACCCAACAAUCUGACUAAUAUUAAAAUCGGAAAAACGUCCACGUUAGUCGUGGAUUCUGGAGGGCAAUAUCUAGAUGGAACGACUGACGUUACAAGAACGUUGCAUUUUGGCACACCAACGGAAGAGCAGAAGAAAGCGUACACGAGGGUGUUAAUUGGGGCAAUACAGCUGUCCUCGUUAAUUUUCCCGAACAGUCUGAGAUCGAAUCAGCUGGACAUUGUCGCUAGAGCACCAUUGUGGAACAUUGGUUACGACUAUUUGCACGGAACUGGCCACGGGAUCGGUCACUUCUUGUCUGUCCACGAAUCGCCUAUUAGCGUGUCGUACAUGCAAACCGCAUCGUCGGAUAAAAUGUGCGGACUUGUGGAAUUGAAACCAGGAUUUUUCUUGUCGAACGAGCCAGGAUAUUACAAGGAGGGCGAUUUUGGUGUGCGUUUGGAGAAUAUACUUGAAAUCGUGGAAGCAGGCACAUCAAAAAAUUUAGAAACCUUUUUGAAAUUCAGGGACGUCACGCUUGUACCGUACGAACCAAAAUUGAUCGAGAUUAAUAUGUUAACAGCGUCUCAUAUACGAUGGCUGAAUAAUUAUAAUCGUCGAAUUAGAGACGAAGUGGGUCCAGAAUUAAAAAAGAGAUUAAAGAUGGAUGCUUUUGAUUGGAUGUUGAAGAAAACUGCAACCAUUCCAGAAUUGAGUCCAGUCGACGAAGGACUGUUUUUUGGUCGUUCUCAUGCGACACCUUCUACAUUCAAACAGUUCCACGUAUUAGUAUACGUUCUUUUCAUAUAUCACACUCUAUCCAAUCUUCCAUAUGCGUGGAGUUAAUCAAGAUCAGAAAGGAUAUUUCAAUUUGUAAAAAACUAGCGAGCAA